CAACCAUGGUCAAUGCAAGUUUGAGAGCGAAACCCGACUAGUCACUUGACAAUAUAUAUGGAAAUAUUCGAGAUUUUGGAUGAAGAGGAGAAGAAGAAAAUUGCAGAAAAGAAAGAGAAGGUUGUAUUAAUUAAUCAUUAGCUUGAUUAAUUAAUAAGCAUGUUGACUUCCAACCAUUAGCAUGCAGCACCUUACUUAAUUGGAACUUAGUUUAAUUAAACCUUACACUUAAUUAAGCUUUGGUUUCAAUUAAGCAUGUCUGCUGCCAUCACGUGCCCAUUUCUUCCUUCCUUCUUGGCCACUCCCAUGAUGCCACGUGGCUGUCCUAUCUCCCUCCUCACUCUCAGCGAUCUGCAGCCACAAACCUGAAUUAAUCCCAUCAUAUAUUCUCUCUUCCUCACACUGACCACGAGGGAAUUAUCCAUAUAUAUACAUCCUCCAACAGUAGCCGACCGGGAGGGGAUAUACUCUCUCACCCAACCAUCAAUUAUCGAAUUCCCCUUCCCCUUCGACCACCAGACAUACUCCGGCGCCGCACCACAGAUUCCUUCAAUUACCCAUUAUUCUCUCUACCAUCACUCCCUCUCCUCUCAACUAUUCUUCAUCAUCACCACCCAAAGUUCAUCAAUUCUUCAUAAUUCCAGAUUUUGAGGUACAAGAGAGAGUAUAAUUCCAAGCUAGUCAUGCUCACUCUCUAGUGUAGUUGUGAUUAGUCUCGGUCUCUUCCUCUUUUCUAACUCUCUUCUUGCUUUAAUUUUUUUGUAAUUGAUGAAUUUCUUUGUGGGUAUGUUGAUGGAUUGUGAGUAGUUUCUUAUUUGGGUCUAGGGCUUGAAGCCCUAGCAAUUUUUAUCAUGUAAUGACAUUAAUUUUUGGUGCUUAAUGAAAGUGUGUUGUGGUUUUUGUUUAUGACUUUGCGUAAUUUUCGAUGGGAAUUUGUUAUAAAAAUUGGCCAAAUUUAUGACUAGUUCUUGUCCUCAUCAUGAAAUUCAUUUAAUUAGUGGCUUAAUUUUAUGAAUGAGCAUGUUGUCGUGAGCAAAUUGUCAGUCUCUAAAAAUUGACUUAAUGCCAUUUUAUGCAUGUUAGGAGCCCUAGUCCGGUCUUAAUGUGUGUGAUAUGAGAAUGUGAAUGCCCUAGCCCGGAUUUACAUUAUUUUCGUACUAUGAGAAUGUGAAUGCCCUAGUCCGGAUUUGCAUUAUCACUCUAAGGCCCUAGUCCGGCUUAGAGUUAGGGAUUGCGCCAUUUCCCUUUUGUUGUGUGCCAAAAUUGUGUUGUUACGGUAAAUGAUUGCUAGAGUGGAUGCCUUAGUACCCAAAAUUUUAUCCAUUGUUUUCCAAACCUUUAAAUUUCUAGCACUUUACUUUUUUGCAAAUUUUAAUUUUCUAGUUUUUAAUUUCCAAAACCAAAAAUUAAUUCCCCCAAAUAUUUGCUCACAUUUUUCAUUGUAAGUACCAUAAGGCCUUGAGCGUACCAAUUUAUUUUGGUGAGUUCUUGGCUACUUUUUGGCUUCGGGAGACCUAAGCCGUGCAUGUGUGAGACUUGGUGUUUCACUUAGCCAUUUUACUAUUUUUUCUUUUAGUUUAGCAAGUGACUUUUGUGACCCAUAAACCAUUGGAUUUGAGUUAGCUCAAGAUCCCCGAGGUACGAUAUUUCCGGGUUUAAAUAUUUCCCAAUUCUUUGAUGACCGUGUCCUUGUUGCGCGUAAGUUGCAUUUUAGGCAUCAAAUCAAAUGGCGCCGUUGCCGGGGAUUAGAGUGUAAUAUCUCUAAUCCCUUGGUUUUAGGUGGUUAGGUCACUUGCAUUAUUUUCUUAGUCGUAGUUAAAUUUUCUUUGUGUGUUUAGCGUAAAAAAAUAAAAAAUAAAAAAAUUGGUGAUUGUUUGUUUUAGUUUGCUUAUUUUUGUUUCUUUUUACUUGUGUGAUUUGUUUGUUGAGACAUUGUGGUUAUUUCUAUCGAAGUGACGGGCCUUGUAUUACUUUGUAGUACAUGUAAGACAUGAGCAUCGAUAGCGAUCGUCACUUGGCUUGACUUGUUUGCUAGCUUUUUAUUAUAUUUUCUAAUUAGUUAGUUUCUUGAGUUGUUAGCUUUUCACUUAUUCUUUGGUUAAUUUAUUUUAUUUUCUUGUUUAAUUGUUGUCUUACCUUAUCUCAUUACAUCCCCCAUUCAUUGUGAAGCGUGAAAUUGGAUUCAAGUUGCUUAUUUUGUGAAUUCUUGAGUAUUUCUUACGUGGUCAUAUUUUUGCGAGGUGCAUGAGUGAAACUCCAAAGAGACAAAGAGGUCGUCCAAGAAAGCGAGCACCUCCUAGACCAAGAGUACAUCCAAGAAGCCUUUCACCGAGUCCAUUAAGAUCACAACCUACAAACACCAUGGGGGAGCGAAAGACAAUGAGGGAAUACACUAGUCCCACAAUUGUUGAUCAUCCUUCUUGUAUUGUGCUCCCUCCAUGCGAGCAUCAUUUUGAGAUCAAGCCAAGUACUUUGAGCAUUCUACCCAUAUUCCAUGGCAUGCCCUCAAAUAAUCCCUAUGAUCAUAUUGCGGAGUUUGAAGAAGUGUGUACUACCGUUCAACUACAUGGUCUCAAUCCCGAUGGUUUAAAGCUUAGAUUGUUCCCUUUCACACUCAAGGACUAUGCGAGGAAGUGGUUAAGUAAGUUGCCUCCUAGAUCGAUACGCACAUGGGUUGAGAUGCAAGAAACUUUCUUGGGAAAAUAUUUUCCUCCUUCAAGAACUUCCAAUGUUAGAGAUGAGCUUGUUGCAUUCCAACAACUCCCACAAGAAAGUUUUAAUGAGUGUUGGGAGCGAUUCAAGGACUUGGAGAUGUCAUGUCCUCACCAUGGGUUAGAGAAGUGGUUCCUUGUGGACAAGUUCUAUAGAGGAUUGAUGCCGGAUCAAAGGCAAAGGGUUGACACUUUUAGUGGUGGAACUAUUGCAAGUAAACUCCCGGAUGCCGCUUGGGACACAUACGAGGAGCUUUCUCUCAACUCCCUUCAAUGGGAUGAUCUUGAUACAAGGAGACGGCAAGUGCAUAACAAGGAGAGUAUACCUAACCGAGGUGGUAUUUAUGAGGUUCAAGGGACAUCAACCGGGCCUUCUAUGCAUGAAUUCAAAAGGUUAGAAGGCAAGAUUGACCAAUUUCUAAAUCAAGUUAACCGGAACCCUCCUCAAGCACAAGUCAAGAUGGCGACUUCUACACCAUGUUUGCUUUGUGAGAGCCUAGCACAUUCCACUCAAGAGUGCCAUUUAUCUUCUCAAUAUCCAGAAUUUAUGGAGGAGCAUGUUAACCAAGUGGGUAGUUUUGUGCCAAGGAACCCAAGAAAUGAUCCAUACUCCAACACUUAUAACCCCGGUUGGAGAAAUCACCCCAAUUUUUCUUGGAAAGAUCAAGGUGGAGUUUCUAAUAUGCACCCAAGAGGAAAGCAAGGCUUUGGAGGCAACCAAGGCCAAGGAUCAUCCAAUUUCAUGCCCCAUGGCAAUGUGCACCAAGGAAACACUCAUUUUAUGCCUAUUUCUUCACAAGGGCAGCAGGCAUAUAUGCCUUAUUCUCAUGGUCAAGCCACUUUUUCACAAGGAUUCCAAGCUCCAAAUGUCUUUCCCGGGUUUACACAAGGUAUUGGCUAUAGUGGUAGCAAGCUUCAAGAUAAUUCUAGCUCAUCAUUUCAAGGUCCAAAUCAAGGCGAGAGCUACAAUUCCCCACCUAUUCUUCAAGGCAUGCAGAUUCAAGCUCCAAGUGAACCAAAGAAGCCUAAUUUUGAAGAAUUGAUGGGUGAGUUCCUCAAGGUUCAAACUUCUACCAAUGUGGAGACCAAGCAAAACAUCUCUUCACUAGCUCAAGGGUAUCAAAGUCUACAACAAAGCAUGACUAAAUUAGAGAUGCAAAUGGGCCAAAUAGCCACCAAUUUGAGUGAGAGACCAAUGGGAGCUCUUCCUUCCACAACGGAGAAGAACCCGAAGCAUGUAGCCAAGGCUAUUACUACUCUUAGAAGCGGGAGGACAUACGACAAUAAGGUAUAUUUACCUUCAUCUUCUCAAUCCCCUUUGCAUGUGAAUGCCCCAUUUAAUGCUCCCUCUCCUACUAUAUCACCUUCUCUUGGUAAUUGUGUUUCCCCUUCCACACAUGUUCCCAACUCUACCUCUCUACAUUCUAAUGAUGAUUAUGUGUUGGUUGAGGAAUAUGAUAGUGAUAAUCGUGAUAUGCAUGAUGGUGCCACGAGGGAAGAAAAUGUACCUCGUGGCAAUUUGAAUAAUGAUUAUUUGCAUGCUUUUAAUUCAAAGGAGGAUGGGAACCGGGGGGAAGAAAAUGUACCCCCGGGAAUUGGAGUGGGUGAUGUGGCUUUGAAUGCAAAAGGAAGAAAUAAGGGGGUGGAUAAGGUAGCCGGAGGGGAAGAAAAUGUACCCUCCGGAGGAGUUUCUAAUGUUGACAAGCCUCACACAAGCCAAGCUUCGGUUUCUCCCACUUUUAUUCAAGGCAAGACUACAAAUCCUUCUAUUGUGCAACCGAUGGUUUCUAGAGAUAUUGUAGAUCCUAAGAAUGGGAAUUCCAUGGCUCUUGAUAAUUUGGGUGAGGCUAUGAAGGCUAGGGACCCCAAUGAAGCCAUAAGUAACCCUAGGGAUCCAUCAAGUGGUCAAGCAUCUACUCAAGCUCAAAAGCCAAGAAAGGGUCCAAUUUGUGUGCCUCCUCUAGAUAUGACGGAUUAUGAGAUUCCAUUGCCUUAUCCUCAAGUGAAGCGGAAGCAAGAGUUAAAGAAGAAGCAAGAAGCACAAACGAAAGAGUUCAUUGAGUUGUUCAAGAAAGUCAACAUCAAUAUCCCUUUGUUGGAAGCCAUAAAGCAAGUGCCUUCUUAUGCUAAAUUUCUAAAGGAUGUGUGCACAAACAAAAGAGCAUUCAAGGAGCAUGAACAAGUUUGUCUAAGUGAGAGUGUAUCAGCUAUUCUUCAAGGAAAAUUGCCUCCUAAACUUAAAGAUCCCGGUAGUUUCACCGUGCCAUGCACUAUUGGGUCAAGAUUCUUUGACAAGGCGAUGUUGGACUUAGGAGCAAGUAUUAAUUUGAUGCCAUAUGAUAUUUAUCGAACACUUGGUCUUGAUGAUCUUAAGCCUUUAAAAAUUUCAUUGAAAAUGGCGGAUAGGAGUAUUGUCUACCCAAGAGGGAUGCUAGAAGAUGUGCUUGUGAAGAUUGAUUCUCUCUAUGUGCCGGCGGAUUUUGUUGUUCUUGACAUGGCUAAGAGUAUUGAUGUUGAGGAGGAUGAAUCUCCUAUAUUGCUUGGUAGAGCAUUCAUGGCCACCGCCGAUACCAACAUUAGUGUAAAGAAGGGAAUCUUGACGAUGACCGUUUUUGAUACUACUAUUGGCUUUCGAAUUUUUGAUGCCAUGAGAAGUCCUCUUCACUUAGGUGAGUGUUUUCGGGUAGAUGUGGUUGAUUCCAUGGUGGAGAAGACUUUCAUUGAAACAAGUGCCAAGGAUUCUUUAGUAGCUUCUAUUAUGCAUCAUGGAGAAGAGUUCAAUGACAAAAGUAUUGAAGAAGAUGAUUCCACUAUUGAAGUUGCUAUGCCCACCUCUUCCUCACACACUCCUAUUAGCAUGCUUGAUUUUCAACCGAAGUUGUUGCCGUCUAUUAUUUCUCCUCCUACACUUGAGCUAAAGCCUCUCCCAUCUACUCUCAAGUAUGCAUUUUUGGGACCUAAUGACACAUUGCCGGUGGUUAUCUCCUCCAAGCUUUGUGACGUUGAUGAAGCCAAGUUAUUGAAGGUGUUGAAAGAGCACAAAGGAGCUUUGGGGUGGACUAUAAUGGACAUAAAGGGAAUAUGUGCUAGCAAGUGUAUGCAUCACAUUUACAUGGAGGAAGGUAGCAAGCCCUCUAGAGAUGCUCAAAGAAGACUUAACCCUCCUAUGAUGGAAGUGGUCAAGAAUGAGGUGACAAAGCUUCUAGAUGCCGGUGUGAUUUAUCCUAUUUCGGAUUCAAAAUGGGUUUCUCCUGUACAAGUCGUUCCUAAGAAAGGUGGAAUGACGGUGGUGAAGAAUGACAAAGGAGAAGAUGUUCCUCAAAGGGUGCAAAAUGGUUGGAGGGUAUGCAUAGAUUAUCGGAAGUUGAAUAGUGCUACUAGAAAGGAUCAUUUCCCUCUACCUUUCAUUGACUACAUGUUGGAGAGAUUGGCGGGACAUUCCUAUUUUUGCUUCUUAGAUGGCUAUAGUGGAUAUAAUCAAAUUGUGAUUGCUCCCGAAGACCAAGAAAAGACGACUUUCACUUGUCCUUUUGGUACCUUUGCUUAUAGGCGUAUGCCCUUUGGCUUAUGUAAUGCUCCGGCAACCUUCCAAAGAUGUAUGAUGGCUCUAUUUCAUGAUAUGACCGAAAAAUUCAUGGAAAUCUUUAUGGAUGAUUUUUCGGUUCAUGGUAACACUUUCGAUGAUUGCCUACACCAUUUGACCCUAGUCUUGAAGCGUUGUGAAGAAAGCAAUUUGGUCUUGAAUUGGGAGAAGUGCCAUUUCAUGGUGGAAGAGGGCAUUGUCUUAGGUCAUGUGGUUUCUAAGAGGGGAAUUGAGGUGGACAAAGCAAAGAUUGAAGUCAUUGAAAAGCUACCUCCACCGGUGAACAUCAAAGGUAUAAGAAGCUUUUUGGGACAUGCCGGCUUUUAUCGAAGAUUUAUUCCAAAUUUUUCCAAGAUAUCCAAGCCUCUAUGUGAUUUGUUAGCAAAAGAUGCUCCUUGGGACUUCAAUGAAGCUUGUCUCAUUGCUUUCAAUGAAAUCAAGAGACUCUUGACUUGUGCUCCUAUUAUGUGUGCUCCCGAUUGGUCACUCCCAUUUGAGUUGAUGUGUGAUGCUUCCGAUUUUGCCUUAGGGGCGGUGUUGGGACAAAAGCAUGGGAGAUUGAUGCAUGCCAUCUAUUAUGCAAGUAGAACCUUGAAUGAAGCUCAAGUGAAUUACACAACAACGGAGAAAGAACUCUUGGCUAUCAUAUUUGCAUUAGAAAAGUUUCGGAGUUAUCUCUUGGGUUCUAAAGUGAUUGUGCACACGGACCACUCGGCAUUGAAGUAUCUCUUAGCCAAGAAAGACUCCAAGCCAAGACUUAUUAGAUGGGUUUUGCUUCUACAAGAGUUUGACAUAGAGAUUCAUGACAAAGCCGGCAAGGAAAAUGUGGUAGCGGACCAUUUGUCAAGACUUAUUGAUGGGGGAGAUGAUUGUAUUAUUCCUAUUGUUGAUUCAUUUCCGGAUGAGCAACUCUUUACUGUUACAUCAAGGGAGCUUCCAUGGUUUGUUCACAUUGUCAAUUAUUGGGCAAGUGGUGGUACAUUUAUUCCGGAGGAUUGGGACUAUCAAACCAAGAGGAGAUUUAGAAGAGAUGCAUGUCGGUAUGUAUGGGAUGACCCUAUUCUAUGGAAAGUUGGUCAAGACGAAGUUUUGAGAAGAUGUGUGCCACAAUGGGAAGUUCCUAAUAUUCUUGAGCAUUGUCAUUCCCACACUUGUGGUGGACAUUUUGGUGGAAAGAAGACCGCUUUCAAGAUCCUACAAGCCGGCUUCUUUUGGCCCACAUUAUUCAAAGAUUCUCAUGAUUAUGCCAAAAAGUGUGACCGAUGUCAAAGAGUGGGGAGAAUCACCUCUAGAGACCAAAUGCCUUUGACUAACAUCAUUGAGGUGGAAAUCUUUGACACAUGGGGAAUAGACUUUAUGGGGCCCUUUCCUAAUUCAAAUGGGUUUGAGUACAUUCUUGUUGCGGUGGAUUACGUGUCAAAAUGGGUAGAAGCGCAAGCAACUCGGACUAAUGAUGCUAAGGUAGUUCUUAAAUUCCUCCAAGAGCACAUCUUUACUAGAUUUGGCACACCCAAGUUCAUCAUAAGUGAUGGUGGUUCCCAUUUUAUCAACCGAGCAUUUGCUUCACUUUUGAAGAAAUAUGGGGUUAAACACAAGGUCGCCACUCCCUACCACCCGCAAACAAGUAGGGAAGUGAAGGGAAUUCUAGAGAAGACGGUGAAUAGCUCAAGGAAGGAUUGGAGUACCAAACUUGAUGAUGCUUUGUGGGCAUACCGUACCGCAUAUAAGACCCCUUUGGGCAUGACUCCAUUCCGACUUGUUUAUGGCAAGGCUUGCCACUUACCCGUAGAGCUUGAGCACAAGGCAUUUUGGGCAAUAAAGCAAUUAAAUUUUGAUCUAGCCAAAGCGGGUGAGAAGCGAAAAUUUGAUCUCUAUGAGUUGGAGGAAAUAAGAAGGGAGGCUUAUGAUAGUACCAAUUUGUUUAAGGAGAGGACAAAGGUAACACAUGAUAAAAGACUUGUUGAGAAGAUCUUUGAGCCUCAUCAAAAGGUGCUCCUAUACAAUUCUAAGCUUCAUCUUUUCCCCGGAAAAUUAAGAUCUCGUUGGAGUGGACCGUAUGAAGUGGUUGAGGUAUUCCCACAUGGAGCUAUUGAAGUCAAGAACUUAAGGAAUGGGGAAACAUUCAAGGUCAAUGGGCAUCGCCUAAGGCCUUACUUUGACCAUACUUAUGAGGCUUGUAAAGAGGUGCAAUUCCUUGAUGACACCACUUUGAAGUGAGAAGCAAUAUGAGAUAGACCGGCUUUGAGGUCUCUAAAAAGAAGCGCUAGUGGGGAGGCAACCCCACCAAAUUUUGAGAGUUUGAUUAUCCUUUUUAUAGAAGUAGUAGUUGAAUAAGGCCUUUUUGGCCAUGCUUUUGGAGGUUGGGAGGGUAUGGAGAUGGAGUUUGUUUUUGGGAGGAGCUUGCUACUCCUGUUGUGGAGGAUUGGAAGCUCCAACGACCACAAUCACUUGAAAAUAGAAACUUGAACCAUUUAAGCACCAUGGAGCCUAACUUGGAGCAUACGCAAAGGAAGUCAAGGCUUAUGCCUUGAGGUUGGUGUCUAUUGGUCUUCUCCGAAGGUCGUGAGCUAUGGGAUGUCUACAAAGGGGGUUUUCGCAUUUCUUCUCCGCAUUUAGAUUUUUUUCAUUUUCAUAGUUAUCUUUUGUGCCUACGCCCAGACUUCACUCUCAUGCCUAAAUCCGACAUGGAUUUGGCUUUCGAGCUCACUUUGCAACAUUGAGGACAAUGUUGGUUUUAAGUGUGGGGGUGAGGGCUCGGGCGCCUAUGAAAAAAAAAAAAAA